UAAUAACGGCACACGUCUAGCUACUCGACCAGUUCAUCGAGGGCAAAGCCGCCGGUCACGCCGCGCUGCGCCCGAGGGAUCGAGUCCACCCUCAGGCCGCCCCAUAUCCGGAUCCAAGCUGGAGCUCGGAGGACCAUAUAAAAUAGGAGCACGGUGAGAAAUCUAGAGUAGAGAGUGAAUAAUAGAGGCAGAGCUGGGACUCUGGGAGCUGAGUUGUGCCUGUGUCAAGCUAGUCAAGUGUAACUUUAUACUGUAAUAUAGAUUGAAAUGGCUGAAAGACAUGGAUUUCAUGAGGCACAUUUCACCUCCAUACCCUGCCAAAGCAACGUCUAUGGUCUUACAUCCUUGGCAUACCCUGGAGGAGUCGGUAAGGUGUUGGUUGCUCCACUCAAAGAUAAAGUAGUCUCUCUAGAAUACAUGGCAGAGAGGGGCAAGACUGAGCUUCAACCUGUAGCCAAAGAAAUCCACUUUGCAGGAAUUCCAGAUGAUGCAGAGAUAAUCUCAAUCGAUUCUUACCAACGUCUUAUGGAGGAUGGUGGAGGGUACAUCAUUGGAAUUACAUUUACCAAGGAUGCAGAGACUGAUCAUCCUUCUCAUAUACUUAACCUUUAUGCACCAUGGGACAAAGGAUCUGAGUAUGUACUUGACAGUAUAGCACAGAUGUGGACCAAUAUAGAGCUGGAUUUCACCCCAUACUAUCUCUGUCACACCAAAAUUCUUGAAGAUGGAGAACAAGAGAUAGUCUUCCUUCUAACAGGGUCUGACAAUCAAGUUCACCUAUAUAGGGAGGAACUUGGUGGUCGAUUCUCUGAACAUCCAGUGACAAGUAUUUUUCCUGAAUUUAAUGAUUUACCAUGUGUUGCAUUAUGGUUGGACAGUUGGAAUCUCAAAGACUGCAGACGGUUGAGUGUUGUUGGAUGUCGUAGUGGCUAUAUCAGACUUGUGUUAGUUAACACAAGAAAUAAUGAGGUAAUGAACCAAUGGGAACUGAACCAUGAUAGUGCCAUCACAUGUUCACGUAUCUUCACAUCAUCUACUCACAUGGAAUCAGCAUUACCUUGGCUUGAGAGAAGAGAAGAAGGUAUUCAAGAGAAAGAGGAGGAAGAAGAUACUGUUGAUGAUACCAUCUUAGAUGAUGAUCUUAAUCUUCUUAUCACAAGUGCUGUGGAAGUUGCUGUUGUUUACAGGAAUGUAUUGAAAGAAGGAUUCCAAAAUCAGACAGUGCUGCCGCAAAGUGACUUGUUUGAUUGUGCGCUAUGUACAUGUGUAGCAGAUUUAGACUGGGAUGGUCAGAAUGAACUUCUUAUAGGCACCUAUGGACAGGCACUUUUGGCUUACAAGUACAUUCCACCUGAAAGUGCCAUUAUACCAUCUACCAAUGGACAAGCUAAAUCAGAUAACAGUCUUCCUGAGGAGAAACCAACCAAUGAAGAGGAAGGUGAAGGUGAAGGAGGAGGAGGAGGAGGUGGUGGAGGAAGAAAAAAUGGUCAUUAUGAGUUGCUCUGGUCUAGAAGCUUUGCCCAUCCGCUUUUAGCCUUAAAUCAUUUUGAUCUCACUGGUGAUGGAUUAAAAGAGGUCAUUGUACUAUCAACCAGAGGACUCCAUGUUCUUCAGCACAAUCUUGACAAGGCUGCACAGAGGUGUUUAGAGGCAUUGAAAGACCUGAAUGGAGAUGCCCCAACUUGAUGGGAUGUAUUCCAACAAUUACCACUGUCAUUUCAAUAUUAAUGCAUUAUUGAGAUGAAUCUUGGCUGUCAAGAAGAAACAAGACUUUAGGCCAAGAACAAUCAUUGAGUGCCUGUUGUAUGGAGAGAUAUACAUGGAAUGGAGUGAACAUUGUUACGCAUGGAUGAGCAUUGGAAAUGACUAUAUGAUCCUCCUUGAUGUCCACUAAUGUACAACACAACUAGCCAAGUGCUUUUGCACAACAUUGCUAAUGGCCAGAGUCCUGAUCAGAAUGCUGCAUACUCUUAUUUUUCUUUUUAAACCAUUUCUCAAGCAUGGAUGGGCUAAAAAAUUCAGGAUAUAAUCUUUAUUUGAAGCAAUCACUAGUGCAUAUAACAUGGAGAUAUCGGGUCACUUCUGUGGCCAUCAUACAUUAUCCAUAUUUCCAAAUUAGUCUUUACUUUGAUUACAUUGACCAUUAAACCCAAAACUGUAGCGGAAGGUGGGGUAAGUUGAGCAUAGGGGCAAGUUGAGCCACCAGCCCCAGGCCAAUAAUGAAUGAGUCAGACAUUGUGGUGGUGUCAUGUAUUGAUGACCCAUUUCCUAACCCUAACCCCACCACAUUGUUUUCAACUUUGAAACAAACAUUACCUUUUCAGAGGGAAAACUACAAAUUUCAGCAAAAAAGUAAAAAAGGGUGUGAAAUAGACAAGUUCUUUUUAAACACACACAAGAACAAUAUUGGUAGUCCAGGUAUGGAUCUUCAUUAUUGUCAUAGUCUUUUGCAUGAUGGAUGCAUAUUAAAUGUGUGGAUGCGAAAUAGUCGCAUUAAGUUCGGACUGGGGUAAAGUUGAGCCAUGGAAAUUCUUAUGGUAAUGUAUAUGAAAAAAAACCUUAACAUGCCAUCGAUAUGUAUGCAGAAAGGAGCAAAUUUACAUGACUGGUUUUAGAGGAUGUUAGUAUUUACAAUGUACAGAGAAUUAGCAAGUGAAAAGACUUUAAAUAAAAAAUUGACAUGCUGGUUCUUCCCCCAUAUAUUUUUGAUAUAGUUUUUGUUGCUCAACUUACCCCAGAAGCUGACUCAACUUACCCCCACAGAUGCGGCAAGUUGAGCCAUUUGACACCUCUUUUUUCAAAGGUGGCAAUAACUUUCAUUGUUGGGAUAGAAAGUUAUAUAUAGUUGAAAAAUAUUUCAGAAGAAUUAAAUUUUAAGGCAAAGUACUUAUUUCUACAAGAUUAUUAAUCACAUCAAUUCUAACAUGCAAAAAGCAAAAAGUUUCACAACUUACACGCCUUCCCCUAACCUUUCAUAAUUUUAUGAGACUUGACACACGUUUCUUGAAAGACCUUUCCAUGUCUCAAUUAGGGAGACAACUCCAAACACAGGAUGUCAACUUGAUGUGGGAUGCAUG